AUGGAUCUCAAGAAUCUGACAAUAGGAAUAGUAUUCCUACUUCAGAGCAUAGUUGGAAUAGUAGGAAAUUUCUCUCUUCUUUCCUGCUACCUCAUCCGUUACUACAAUAAACAGACAUUAAAGACCACGGAUUUGAUUCUUACACACAUGUUCAUAGCCAACAUCUUGAUCAUUCUAUCUAAAGGAUUUCUCCAUACAAUGAGAACUUUUGGGAUCAAAGGGUUCAUCAAUUAUUUUGGCUGUGAAUUUCUAUUGUAUAUUCAAAGACUUGGCAGGAGCAUGUCCAUUUGCACCACCUGCAUCUUGAGUGUUUUUCAAGCUAUCACAAUCAGCCCUGGGAACUCUUUCUGGUUGGCCCUUAAAGUCAAAGCUCCAAAGUAUAUUGUCCUGGUUACCUCCUUCUGCUGGAUUUUAUACUUGUCAGGAAAUAUAACUUUUCCUGUGUAUAUGUAUACCAAGGGGAACAGCAAUAGUCUGGCACAUGAGAGUGAUAAGAAAUACUGCUCCACUGCAGGUCAUGAUGCCCUUGGAAGUUCAUUAUAUACAGUGUUUUUUGUUCUACCUGAAAUUUUGCUUUCUGUCAUCAUUAUUUGGUCUAGCUGCUCCAUGGUUGUAAUUUUGUAUAGACACAACCAACGUGUUCAACAUAUCCGCAGCUCCAGUGUUUCCUUCAGAACAUCUACUGAGUACAGAGCCACCCACCGCAUACUGGCCUUUGUGUCAGUGUUUAUAGGUUUUCAUUCCCUCUCUUCCAUCUUACAAGGUUGCAUUGCUCUCAUACAAAGCCCUCAUUUGUUGCUGGUGAACAUUACUGCAAUCAUUUCAACAUGUUUUCCUUCUUUAGGGCCCUUCCUUAUGAGCCAUGACUACAAAUUUAAAAGAUUUUGCUUUUCCUGA